AUGUUGGGAAAAGCUAAACCGAUCCUUUACGGAGAUGUGGCGUCGCCGCCAGUGCGGUUCGCCAUGAUGACAGCGUCUAUAUUGAACAUCGAUUAUGACUUCCACAACAUUGAUCUAUUUAAGGCGGAGAACAACACGGAUUCUUACAGGAAGAUAAAUCCCCUGAAGAAAGUACCAGCAUUGUCCGUAAAUGGAGACUUCAUUCGCGACAGUCACGCUAUAGCGCUGUAUUUCUGCAGAAACAGCGGCAAUCAAGAGUUGUACCCCGAAGACAGUAUUCUAAGAGCAAAGAUAGACGAAUGGCUGUACUUUGAUGCGGGAGUUUUGUUUCCAAUCGAUAGCGCUAUAUUUACAGAAUAUUUUGCUGGUAAAUGGCCAGCUGAUGAGGCUAAGGUUAAGCAUUGGUAUUUAUCGUUGGAUCAUUUAGAACACACAUUAGGUACACAGAAAUGGCUUACAGGUGACAAGAUACGACUGUGUGAUAUCUGCUGUGCAGCUACAGUAAGCUCUCUCGAGAUAUUAGUGCCACUUUCCGAACAACAUAAUAAAGUAAAAGAAUGGCUCAAGUCUUUAAAAUCCCUUCCUUGUUUUGAAAUAAACACUCGGGGCUUAAAACGGUUACAAGGAUUUGUCAGAAGGGUUGUAUCUUAGCGUUCGGUUAAGAUUUGAUUAAUUGGUUGAUAUUUGGUGCAUUUUAUUAAACGAUUG